GCAGGGGCAUACGCCAGGGGAUGCGCUUGCGACACUCAACACCAAACCCCCGCCCGAGCACGACAGCUCUUAUCGUUUCCUUCGGAGGACGCGCCACCCCCGCCACGAGAUGGUCUGACACAUAACGGCAGCAACCCACCAUGGACGUGCCGCCGGUCAAGCUGUCGGAGCUGCUCCGGCACCCGGACGACCUCGACAAGAUCGCGGGGCUCAAAGCCGAGUUUGCCCGCAAGAAGGCCGCCGUCGACUCCCAGCUGCGCGGCGGCCUGCGUGAGCAGCUCGAGACCACCCAGGCUGGCAUGAAUGGCCUGACCGACGGCCAGAAGACGGUGCAGCAGAUCAAGGAUGAGAUGAUCAAGAUCGACAAGAUAUGCUCCGAGUCGCAGAACAUGAUUACCGACUUCGCGACCAUCAACCUCGUGUCGCAGGCGCACCGCAACUUCGGCGCCGUCGAGACCAUGCGCCGAAACCUCGAGACCUUCAAUGAGCGCCUCAGCGGCAUCCAGGAGAUGCUGCGCCAGGACGACGAGGACGCCGAGAACAUGCCAAAUCUACUGGCGGUGCACUACGAGCUGACCCAGCUGCGGAACAUCCGAGACGACGCAAUUGAGCAAAUACAACGCGCCGACGAUCCGGGCCUGCAGUCGACACUGGAAGAUUACUUUGAGCGCCUGGACCAAGCGAUCGAGUGGUUCGACGAGCACAUCAGCCUGAUCGCGAGGAGCUUGGUCAACCUCGUGAUUGCGGACAACACAAGCCUGGUAGUGCGGUUCGCACUGAUAAUAGAGGCGGAGGAGAAGAGCGACCAGAGGGUGCUCGCGCUACAAGAAGCACUCAAGGACCACAAGGAGAUGGCGACGCGGUUCCAGAGCAUCACGGACGGCGCCAAGACGGUACGCGGCUACAAGGACAAGUUCCUCGAAUGCAUCAGGAAGAUUGGCGAGGGGCAAUUUGAGCAGAGCAGGGAGGAGUUCAUGGAUGACCCUGAGGCGUUGGAGAAGAGCCUGCGGUGGUACUUCAACGACCUCAACACGGUCAGGCUAGGCAUGGUGCAGUUGAUGCCGAAGAAAUGGAAGAUGUUUAGGGCGUGGACAAACAUAUACCACGGCAUGAUGCAUGACUUUCUCAUCAAGGUUAUCGACGACCCGCAAGCCAGCUCGGCGCAUGCGCUGGAAAUCGUCGGCUGGCCCGAGAAAUACUACCGGAAAAUGAACAAGCUGGGCUUCAAGCAGGAGGAGCUCACUCCACACGUCAUCGACAACCGCGAGACCGAACUUGUGCGCGAUUUCCGCGCGCUCAUCAUCAAGUUCCUGGACGAGUGGAUCGGCCGUAUCUGGACACAGGAGACCAAGGACUUUGCCGACCGCAACGUCGAAGGCGGCAACCUGGACCAGGACGAGUAUGGCUACUUCCGAAACAAGAACCUGGUAGACCUUUGGCGCAUGUUGCGUGGGCAGAUCGAUGCGGCUGCCAACUCGAAACGGGCCGAUGUCGCCGAGGGCGUGGUCGACGCCAUGUUCCAGCGGUUGCGGCAGCGCCAGCAGUCGUGGCAAAAGAUGCUCGAAGAGGAGGCGUCGCGCUACGAGACCGACAAGGCGGGCGACCUGGAAGGGUUUCAGCCGUUGCAGGAUUGGCUCGUGGCGACAGCCAACGACCAAAUCGCAUGCAUCGACGACAACGAGGACGAGGGCCGCUUGGCAUACCUGUCCGACUUCAAGAAGAAGUUCGGCGCUCUCGUGUCGCCGCAAUACAUGGACCGCGCCGAAGCCGAAGUGGCAAUCCUGCGUGACGGCUACCUCGACCUCAGCACCUGGUGUAUCACCCGGUUUGCACAGCUCGUGUUCUCAGUCGACUUCAAGACGGUCAUGCCCGACUUUUUCACGUCACGGUGGUACACGAGCACCGCCAUGGCGCGCAUGGUGGCUACGUUUGAGGAAUAUGUCGGCGACUACCGCCAGGUGCUACAUCACUCGCUCGUCGACAUCUUCAUCGAGAUCUUUGCCGACGAGCUGCUGAUCCGGUACCUGAUGUCGGUGCGCAACAAGGGCGCCAAGUUCCGCCGGUCGGACCAGUAUCAGGACAAGAUCUUUGACGACCUCAAGACCGCGUUUGACUUCUUCAACAGCCUGCCGAACCCGGCGGUGGGCAACUCCAUCAAGGAGACGUGGCGUGUCACCGAGCCGUUCUUGCAGCUGCUGUCGGUGGAGAAGGAGCGCGUCCCGGAUACGUUUGAAGCGUUCAAGGCGGCGUACUGGGACUUGCAGAUCAGCUGGGUCGAGGCGGUGCUGCGGUCGAGAGACGACUUUGAGCGGAGUAUGCUGAAUGCGGUCAAGGCGAGGGCGGCGCAGAUGGAUGUGGUCAGGGGGCCUGAGACGAUAAUGAGCAAGGUCAAGUGAUCUGUAAUGAAUGAUGGGUUAUGAGGCCGUACGUACAGAUGUACUCGGUACAGAGUCGGCCGUGAUGUGUGUGCGGAUAUCCCCCUGAUUGGCCCGCAUGUUCCUGGGGCAACUACCAGAUUAGGAAAUUAAGCAAACAUUGGCUGGUGGAAUUCAGCCGCCUCAGCAGUUGGCCGUUUGCAUUUUGAGAACGUCCAGGGUUCGGCCAACGUGCUGAGAUACGAUACCCUUAUUUCACUACAUCUUUCUUGUCACUCAAC